UUGAAGGUUUGCUUAGCUACCGUAUUCUGCUGUCGCAUGUCGUGACGUAACAAUUCCUCGCCUCGUAACUUCAUGCGGCUUCUAUAUGUCCAUGCUUCGUGAAACGUAAAUUGCUGUGUUUGUUGUUGCUUGAUGACAUGAAGGUUUAUGGCUGCCCUUGUGCUGUGUCGACGGGGACCCAGGUUACGGUACGUCCAAGGCUUGGUGAAGGAUUUUACCCAAGCUCAACAUCUAUAUGGAAAACCUAAGCAUGAGACCAAUGAGCAGGAGGGGACGAAAGGGACAAUUAGGCACCGCAAAGCCUCGCUUCACGAACGCUACCGGCUCCAUUACAACCCAUCUUCAUACCAUCACUCUGUGCAGAACUCUGCAGCCACCUGCGGUAAAACUGAUAACGACGAGGAUGGACUCGUCGCUUUCACACCUUCCUUCUGGCAACAAGGCGAUCGCAACAGCGUGAGUUGCUCACGGCACCUUUCCAGCUCAGAAAACACGCUUCUCGACAAAGCUCUCAACAAAAGCUCUGAAGCCGAGAUGCCGUCAGUGUCGCCGCACAGCAGAGUGCACGUACAGCCAAACGUUAAGGUAGAUCCUCGAGCCUUCAUCAGAUGCCGGCCUGAGUAUGCGUUAAUGACCCUGGACCUGGCCCAGCGGCCGGACGCUGUCCCCUGGGACGAGGCCUGCUCUCUUCUACAAAAGGUCACCGGUCUGAAAGGCUGCAUGACUCCAUCUCAUGUGUGUCAGUUUCUUGCCGAGCUCGGCCGCGUGCACCCUGACAAGACACGGGUAGUGUGGAGUGACCAGCGCUUCAUCAUGCUCCUGCGGUAUUCUGUGGAGCACCUGCCCAACUUCUCUGAACUCCAGCUGCUAGAGGCGCUGCGGUCGUUUGUGUGGCUCGAUAUGCCAUCGGCGCACACUGUGCUCACGCUGUAUGAGGCAGAGCUGAGCCACCGGGCUAGAAACAUGAGUUUACACCAGCUGCUGUUGGCUGCUGACAUGUGGCGCAGUAUUGGGAGGCAGUCGCCACAGUUCUUGGGGCAUCUCUAUGACUUGGUCCAUCAAAACCUGGGACAGAUAGGGGUCUCUGAGCUGGUGCAACUGUUGUAUUUAAUGGGUGAGAAUAGGGAGUGCCCCAAAGGCCUUAUCCAGUCUGUAGAGCAGCUUAUCAGAUGCCAUUUAAAUCAACUGCACCAUGAGGAGGUUGGCACUGUGUGCCUGGGACUCUUUAAAUCCAAAACAUCCAUAUCUGCAGAUACAGUGACUCAUCUUGUUGAUAAGGCCCAAUCCGUGGUGAAGGAGAUGAGUGACUUUGCUCUGGUGAAUGUCAUGAAAUACCUGCGCUUCAGUUACCUGUAUCACAAGGACUGGAUGGAGGCUGUGGUACAGGAAGUUCCCGCUCGAGCCAGCAGGAUGGGUGUCCAGGGGCUCAUGCAUGUGGUACUGGCCUGUUCAGCGCUGCAUUACCGGAAUGACAACAUCCUCACCGCUGUUGCUGACAGAGUGCCCUCGCUGUUGCCACACUGCAGGAGUAAGGACUCAUGCAAACUGCUGUGGGCGUUUGGCACAAUGGGAUUCGACCCGUCCGUCUCCGGUCAGAGUUCAAGCUUCUAUCCAAGCCUUAUAGAAUCCGUGAGACAGAAGCAAGCUGAAUUCCAACGAUACCCAGAGCAUCUGCUUACUGGUCUUCUAGGCUUAGCCUUUGUGUCCCAGUUUCCUGAGGACCUAAUUGCAUUAGCCUUGAGCCCUGAGUUUGUCAACCUGUGCCUGAAAUUCACGCAGCUGGAUCUCAGAAAAGACAUGUUCACCUUAGAUGGGGUCGUGGCUCUGGAGUUGCCUCAGUGGACCGGUCCACGGCUAAGCCAGGAGCUGAGGGAGGAGGUGGCUCAUAUGCUGUGGUCGUUCGCGCAGUCAGAUAUGUGUCAGAAACCAGAAGUGCAGGAGGCAGAGGCUGCUCUGCAGCAUAUGCUUGGAGGAGAGGAAUUUGUCUUUAAGAGAAUGAUUCUUCCACACACGCGCUCUAUUGACCUUGAAGUACAUCUAGACUCCACUGGGCGGCCUGUACCUGUGAACAAAGCUUCACUAUCUGCUAAAAAUAGUUCAUCCAAAGUAACCUCAAACACAGGUAGGGGGAGAAUAAAUAAAGGUGUAACAAUAACAGAAGAUCUUUUAGCACAGCUGGUCAAUACCAAAAACACCACCCAGACUUUAAGCCACCAGGCAGUUAAACCUGCAUCUGUUCACAGAUUAGAACCCGAUGAAGGUAGGAUGCAGUUUGCCACAGGACUGGACCUGACCAGUGACAUUAUAGAAAAUCUCAUCAAGCCGAGCAGUCGAAGCUCAGCUCCGCCGGACUCCAACGGCAUCGUCAAACUUGCGAUACAGGUUUCCAACAGAAACCACUAUUGCUACCAUUCCCAGCAGCUGCUGGGGCUUCAUGCUAUGAAGAGAAGGCAGUUAAACUUGGCAGGGUACAGGGUUGUGGAGCUUGAGCAUCAUGAGUGGUUCCCCUUGCUGAGGAAAAGCAGGUCUGAGAAGCUGGCGUACCUGCACUGCAAAGUCUACGACAGCCUGAAAUGACAGAGAAACACCAGCCAGUAUUAAAUUCUCUAAAUCCACCUGUUCUGAAGUAACUUAAUAGCUAAAUGAUAUGCUUAAUUGCCCAUGACUGAUGGAUUUUGGUGUUAUUAGAUUCCUGUUUUUUCUUAACCAUCAUAAAAAUGUAACUUCCAACUGAAUUUAAGUUUUCGUGCAUUGUGGCUUUUCAUGAACAGCAAACUCAAAUAUGAACAAUAAUCCCACUGACUGGGAGGUCAGUCCUUUCCUCUAUGGUGUGUGCUGGAUUUACCUUAAUUUGGACGAUGUCUGCUAAAAUGGCAUGUUCACUUAUGUGUAUUGGUAAUUAAAUUUGUAUUUCUAUGCUAUAAAAAUAA